AUGGCCGCUCCUGCGCCCUCCGCCCCUGGUCCUCACGAGGAUCAAGGGGUUAUGAGCCCAACUGGUGCUCGGCGUGCCAUUGAUUCGAGAUUGGAAGGUGAGACUGCUGGUCCGCGCUACGAUCGUCAUCCUGCUGGAAAUGCGAUGCCCAAUGGGGUACUUUCGGCUGAUGUUGUAAGGCGUGAGGAUAUGGUGCAGGCCUCACCUGGUGCAGCGAGUUUAGAAAGCGCUCCAUGGCCACCAGCUAUGACUUCAAGGACAGAAGAUGUGGGACCGCCUGGUACAUUUUCCUGUGAUUCCGGGCUUCGCCAAGAAACGUCUUCCGUGUCUGCUGGGAAUGUGGGGCCAACGAUUCCGCACUUGGUCGCGCGGGCGAGUACGGAUAAUCACCCGGGAGGCUCCCAGGGUGGGACUGCCUUGCCAGUCCCGUCCUGGAUGAGUCGUCUCGGGGAUUAUCUUCGCCAAGCUUCCGGACAGGUUGAGACGCUGACAACGACGCUUACGAGGAGUGUGGGAACAGACGAUGCUUCAUCGGCGUCCAUUCCGGUGGAGUUGGUGCAGGAGGAGGUGAGAAGACAAGUGGAAGCGGCCUUGGCAGGCCAGAAGGGAAGGCUUGAGCGCCUUCAAGAAGAAAAUGAGCGAUUGCGGGAGAUGGCUUUUGGGGGUGGUGGCGAUGUGAAAGGACAAGGCCGGGGUGGGGCUCUAUGGAAUGAGGCGCAGCGGCAGAUGAGGGAGCAGUCUGAGCUUCCUGAGGAUCGUGGUGUACCUCAUGGAGAUCGGGCCUACUCAGCAUCGCAAGUGCUUCAUGAGGAUCGUGGUGUACCUCAUGGAGAUCGGGCCUCUUUCGCAACUCCAAGGUGCUUCAUGAGGAUCGUGGUGUACCUCAUGGAGAUCGGGCCUCUUUCGCAACUCAAGUGCUUCAUGAGGAUCGUGGCGUACCUCAUGGAGAUCGGGCCUCUUUCGCAACUCAAGUGCUUCAUGAGGAUCGUGGUGUACCUCAUGGAGAUCGGGCCUCUUUCGCAACACAUGCACUUCGUGAGGAUCGUGGUGUACCUCGUGGAGAUCGGGCCUCCCAGCAUCUCAUGCUUCGUGAGGAUCGUGGUGUACCUCAUGGAGAUCGGGCCUCUUUCGCAACUCAAGUGCUUCAUGAGGAUCGUGGCGUACCUCAUGGAGAUCGGGCCUCUUUCGCAACUCAAGUGCUUCAUGAGGAUCGUGGCGUACCUCAUGGAGAUCGGGCCUCUUUCGCAACACAUGCACUUCGUGAGGAUCGUGGUGUACCUCAUGGAGAUCGGGCCUCCUCAGCAUCUCAUGCACUUCGUGAGGAUCGUGGUGUACCUCAUGGAGAUCGGGCCUACCCAGCAUCUCAUGCACUUCGUGAGGAUCGUGGUGUACCUCAUGGAGAUCGGGCCUCUUUCGCUCAUGCACCUCGUGAGGAUCGUGGUGUACCUCAUGGAGAUCGGGCCUACCCAGCAUCUCAUGCACUUCCUGAGGAUCGUGGUGUACCUCAUGGUCGUCAACCAGUUCCGUCGAUGUCUCGGGCCCAUGAUGGUCCUCGUGCACAGAGGGGCGAAGCUGGUGCCAGGUCAAGAAGUGCAGAAGGACAUGGCGAGCUUGGGAACAGGCCAAGGAAUGUGUAUGCUCGUGGUUAUGGUGCCAAGCGAUCUGCCUCAGCGAGUCCGUCGCCAAGUGGUGGUAGAGGAGUUGUGGGUGAGAGGUUGUCUGGAGGGGAUGUCUGUGGUGUCCCGCCGUUUGACCGAGCCUUCAGGGCUCGCUUGGAGCCUGAGCUAG